GACUAUACUUCCAUUAGACGAACUAAAAUCCUUUUCUGCGUUCGAUAUCUAAUUCCUAAUCGGCUAAUCGUGAAAAGAAAUCGAGAAAAAAGAAAAACAAGUAUUCAGUCGGUGCCCUCUUCUCUUUCCGUGAUGCAACGGUACGGAAGGCAAAUUUUGGAGUGGCAAUUUGGAUUUAGGAGAUUGAACUUCUCUUCGAAAGAAGAAGUGUUAACCAAGAAGAAGGAAGACCGCACAUUAUUUCAUAAUAAUCAAAAUAAGAGAUAAGAAAAAAUACAAUACCUCCAGUCACUCAUAAGUACAGUGUUCUCAAGGAAAACAAGCUAAUGGUCUAUGGCUCCAGACAAUCAUGGUGGGUUAGUGAAAGUAUCCUUGUAACCUAAUUAAAAUCCUAUUGCGCCAACUAUGUUUCUCCAUAUUUGUCCAGCCCAGGUUGGUGUUCUGGCGUCGAAACCCGUUACUGAAAGUAAUUCUGCUUUACUUUCUGAGAGUAGUAGUGGUCAGUCUAUAACUAAGGAUAGCUUGGACAGUUUGCAGUCCAAGACCGAUGCAAAUUCGUCCGGAGAAGAUCAACAGAAAGCUAGUCCAGCUUCUGAUAUGUUAGUUGAUUCGUUUGGGAGACUGCACACUUAUUUGAGGAUCUCCUUGACAGAGCGCUGUAAUCUCCGAUGUCAGUAUUGUAUGCCAGAUGCUGGUGUUGACCUAACUCCAAGCCCUCAACUUCUGUCACAGAACGAAAUUAUUCGCGUGGCAAAUCUAUUUGUAAGUUCAGGGGUAGACAAAAUCAGGCUCACUGGUGGAGAGCCAACAGUUAGGAAAGAUAUUGAAGAUAUAUGCUUACAGUUAUCUAACUUGGAAGGGCUGAAAACAUUGGCAAUUACUACUAAUGGGAUAACUCUAGCUAGAAAACUUCCGAAGUUGAAAGAGUGUGGGCUGACUGCCGUGAAUAUAAGCUUGGACACACUAGUCCCAGCAAAAUUCGAGUUCAUGACAAGGCGUAAGGGAUUUUUGAAAGUUUUGGAGUCAAUUAAUACAGCAGCAGAUCUUGGAUACAAUCCUGUUAAGGUGAAUUGUGUCAUAAUGCGGGAAUUCAAUGACGACGAGAUCUGUGAUUUUGUUGAGUUAACACGGGAUAAACCAAUUAAUGUUAGGUUUAUUGAGUUCAUGCCAUUUGAUGGAAAUGUCUGGAAUGUCAAGAAACUUGUACCUUAUGCAGAAAUGUUGGAUAAAGUGGUGCAACAGUUUAAAAGCUUAAAGAGGCUUCAAGAUCACCCAACAGAUACAGCUAAGAAUUUCAGGGUAGAUGGAUACUGUGGUUCUGUAUCUUUCGUCACAUCAAUGACUGAGCACUUUUGUGCGGGUUGUAAUAGACUGCGUCUUUUAGCUGAUGGGAACUUCAAAGUAUGCCUUUUUGGUCCUUCAGAGGUUAGCUUAAGAGAUCCACUCCGGAGUGGCAUCGAUGAUGAGGGGUUGAAGGAAAUAAUUGGAGCAGCGGUCAAGAGGAAGAAAGCUUCUCACUCGGGAAUGUUUGACAUUGCGAAGACAGCUAACAGACCCAUGAUACAUAUCGGUGGUUAACUCUUGGUAUACGGGAGAUUAAGCUAGCAGGCGGAGGGAGGUUCGAUAAGGACUCGUUUGUUGUUCGCUGUUAGUCUCUAAAGCAAGAAUAAGGAACACCAACACCCAGAAAGCAACGUCAAUGUAUACUACUUUUAUCUUCCUUGUUGUAUACAAAUGAAAAAGGUAUCCAUUCCGAAACUCUUGUAAAACAUGGUAAUAAAAUACGUUACAUCUUCAAGUUUAUAGAAACAUUCUGUGUUGUACCCCUAAUAAGAUUGUUUGUUUUUCGUGUAUCCUUGCUAAGAUUGUGAUCAUUGCUUUUUUCCCGUCUAAAACAAUAAGAUGAAAAUUCUAAUUCUUUAUCUAUCUAUAUCAUAAAUGAAGUUCGGAC